CAAACAGCUGCAUAUCAUGGACGAGUUCAAGGUUCGAACUAUCGAUCUGCAACAGGUGCAAAACCAGACUCGCCACAGAACCGAUGGUCUGAGCUCCAGCACUCUGGUUCUGCGGAGAGGACAGGCCUUCACAGUGACAGUCAACUAUGAUGGACGACCAUUCGAUCCACUGAAGGAAAAACUGAUCUUCCGAAUUGUUUUAGGUCCGAUUGCUGUGGAGGUCCCGGUCUCCAGGUUCGGACAGCCCUCUCUGACUCAAUGGACCGCAGUUCUGGAGAGGAGCGUCCCAAACCCGACUGGUCCCCGUGCUCUUUCAGUAUCGCUGUCCAGCCCUGCGACUGCUUCUAUCGGUGUCUACACACUCCAGCUGAGAGUCGAGGCCCGCCUGAGUGUGAGAACACACUUACUCGGCCAGUUCACACUCCUCUGCAACCCCUGGAGCCAAGCUGAUUCAGUGUUCCUGCAGUCUGAGGAUUUGAGGACUGAAUAUGUCAUGAGUGAUAUUGGCCUGCUGUUUAAAGGCAGCCCCGGGAACCUCGUCUCCAGACCCUGGUCAUUUGAUCAGUAUGAAAAAGGGAUACUGGACAUCUGUAUGAAAUUGCUGCAGUUGAGUCCUCAACAUCAAGCAGAUAUGGGUAAAGAUCUACUGAAUCGCAACAGUCCAGUGUACAUCGGCCGUGUGAUCUCAGCGAUGGUGAACUCUAAUGAUGAUAAAGGGGUGAUAACUGGAAACUGGUCGGGUGACUACAGCGGUGGCGUCAACCCUUCAAAGUGGUCUGGCAGUGCAGAUAUUCUCAGGAUGUGGGCAGAAACACAAUUCAGGCCUGUGAAAUACGGACAGUGCUGGGUGUUUGCUGCUGUCAUGUGUACAGUAAUGAGAGCCCUUGGCAUUCCGACUCGAGUCAUCACCAACUUCAACUCCGCUCACGACACAAAUGGAAACAUGGUGAUUGAAGAAUAUUACAAUGAGAUGGGGGAAAAACUGUCCUUCAGCAGGGAUAGCAUCUGGAACUUCCAUGUGUGGGUGGAGAGUUGGAUGAAGAGGCCUGAUCUGGGUCGAGGUUAUGACGGAUGGCAGGUUCUCGACCCCACGCCACAAGAGAGGAGCGAAGGAAUGUUCCGCUGUGGUCCUGCUGCUGUUAAAGCCAUUUAUGAGCAAAAGGUGGAUGCACAAUAUGAUGUGCCAUUCGUUUACGCAGAAGUGAACGCAGAUGUCCGUGUAAUAAUUGUAAGAGAUAGGACGGUAUUAUCAACCAGCGUCGAUAAACGCAGAGUUGGAGCUCUGAUCUCCACCAAACGUCCAGGAUCCAUGCUAAUGCAGGACGUCACUUCUGAAUACAAAACCGAGAAGGAUAUGGUACCAUUUCGUGCAGCAGGCGGUUUUGCUGCUGGAGGAUACACUUUUGAACGUACUAUGCCAAGGGAGGAUUCUAAGGGUGUUGCAGUUUCUCUCCAGCUUCUGAAAGCCCCUUUAGUGGGAGAAAACAUUUCUUUUAAUGUCAUAAUCACUAACAAUGAGGCUGCUCAGAAACUGCUGAAAAAACACGUUAACGCUCAGAACAAGGAGUACAACCGCAAUCCCAGUGGAAGCUUUUGGGAGUCUCAUGAUGACAUGAAGAUCGGCCCGAAAGAAACUGUGACUAUAAAACAUGAGAUCUCCUUCAAGGAGUACAUGCUGAAGGAGACUGCAGAGGAUUCUCUGGUUAACCUGGCUGUGGUUAUUGAGGAUGUGAAGUCUCAGGAGAGAGUGCUGGCAUCAGAAGAGUUCAACAUCCGCACCCCUUCCCUCAAUAUACAGAUUCAAAAUGAGGUCUCUGUCAUCAUUAACACACCACAAGUUGCCACGGUGGUGUUCACAAACCCAUUCAACGUCGCAGUGAGCGGAGAACUGACCGUAUCUGGUUCAGGACUCUUGGAGGAGAAGGCUCAAAUGAGGAUUACAAUCCAACCCCGAGAAACCACAAAGAAGCCCGUCAGUUUCACUCCCAGGAUGGCGGGUGCCAAGAUGCUUUCUGCUAAUUUAGUGUUGGAGAAUCCUCCCACCAUCCUGCAUGGAUUCAAGACCAUCAAUGUUCAAGCAUCUUAAGAGUCACACACUUUUAGAAAUAAUUGUGAACCCUCAUGGAGUGCUGCACUAGUGGUUGAAACACAUUUAGAAUUAAUUGCU